GGCGGGCAGCCCCGCCCCCAGGUGACGUGACCCGGGCGGGGCGGGGCGGGGCGAGGCGGCUGGGGCGGCGGCCGGCGGUCCGGGCGGCGGCGGCGGCGGAGGAGCGCAGCGCGCGGCGCCACCAUGGGGGCCCAGCUGAGCACGUUGGGCCACGCGGUGCUGUCCCCGGUCUGGUUCCUCUACAGCCUGCUCAUGAGGCUGUUCCAGCGCUCCUCACCUGCCAUCACCCUCGAGAGCCCCGACAUCAAGUACCCGCUGCGGCUCAUCGACAAGGAGAUCAUCAGCCAUGACACCCGGCGCUUCCGCUUCGCCCUGCCGUCGCCCCAGCACAUCCUGGGCCUCCCUAUUGGUCAGCACAUCUACCUCUCCACUCGCAUCGACGGGAACCUGGUCAUUCGGCCUUACACACCCGUGUCCAGUGACGACGACAAGGGCUUUGUGGACCUGGUGGUCAAGGUCUACUUCAAGGACACCCAUCCCAAGUUCCCCGCUGGAGGGAAGAUGUCCCAGUACUUGGAAAACAUGCAGAUUGGAGACACCAUCGAGUUCCGGGGCCCCAACGGGCUGCUGGUCUACCAGGGCAAAGGCAAGUUCGCCAUCCGUCCUGACAAGAAAUCCAGCCCCGUCGUCAAGACGGUGAAGUCCGUGGGCAUGAUUGCAGGAGGGACAGGCAUCACCCCGAUGCUGCAGGUGAUCCGUGCCAUCAUGAAGGACCCGGAUGACCACACCGUCUGCUACCUGCUCUUUGCCAACCAGACCGAGAAGGACAUCCUGCUGCGGCCCGAGCUGGAGGAACUGAGGAAUGAACAUUCUGCCCGCUUCAAGCUCUGGUACACGGUGGACAAAGCGCCUGAAGGCUGGGACUACAGCCAGGGCUUCGUGAACGAGGAGAUGAUCCGGGACCACCUCCCGCCCCCCGGGGAGGAGCCGCUGGUGCUGAUGUGUGGCCCCCCGCCCAUGAUCCAGUACGCCUGCCUGCCCAACCUGGAGCGCGUGGGCCACCCGCAGGAGCGCUGCUUCGCCUUCUGAGGGCCCCGGCCGUCCACGCCCCCGCCGCCCUCAGCUCCCGCCGCCUGCCCGCCCGCCCGCCCGCUGCGCUGGGCACUGGGUUCAGCCUGGCCUGCCCGCGCCCUGGCGCUCACCGGCCCGGGGCCCUUUGGGAGCAGGGUUCUCUCAGGCGGGCCGCCGCUGGCCGCGGCGGGGACAGCUUGCCGUCUGGCAUUAGCUGGCUGUUACCAGAGGUGCCGCCUGCCCUGUCCUUGCCGCCCCUGGUGCCCCCACAGCACCGCCACGGGCCAGGGUGGUGGUGGCCCACGGUCCACGGAGGCGCAGAGGAGAGGGCAGCCCAGCCGCUGUCCUGGGGCCUGGCCUGCCCCCCACCGCCUGCCUGAGGGACCCUGCUCGGCGUCUGGCAGAGGGGCGGCCGGGUGAGAGGCUGCGCCCCAGCAGGGAGCCCUGGCCUCCCAGCAGCCCAGACCCCGGUGGCCUUGGGUGGCCCUGGCCGUCAGCCUGGCAGGGGCAGCAGGCCUGGGUGGGGCCGCCUGCCCCCCGUCCCCCCCCCGCCCCUCCUGCCUCCCCUCACCCCGCAGGCUCCGUGCCAGGCGUGGCCCUCGGGCACCGGCAGCCGCCUCUGCUUCCCGGAGUCGUUUAUCAGCAUUGAAGUAAACCUGGCGGACGCCUCUGC